UCGCACAACGAGAGCAAUAUUAGUUUUGUGACUUGAUCAAAUUGUGUUUCAGUCGCGAAGUUAGUUCUGAUAGAAUACUAUUCGUGGCUUUUUUACAGGGCUCAAUCUCAGAAGAACCAAUAGCCACAACAUCUGAUCAUCCGACAAUCUGUGGUUCAGGGAUAUUGAUCAAACUUUAUAUCUCAGCUUAUCAGAGCUGAUACCAAAAUUAAACCUACACAGAAAUUUGAACAUGGAAAGUAAAAUGAAGGAAUAUCUGAUACAAACAAUCCUGCGAGACUGUCGAACACAAGAAUGCAACAUCUCCGGUGAUCUUGUUGAAUUUUUGGUAAACUUGAUGCUCCUCGAUCCAGAGCAUGAUUUUGGUAGAGAAGAUACAUGUCGUAAUGAUUUGACAAGCAUCGUCUCUGCGGCUGUGGCUAAGUUGAUUGAUCGCAGUAGCCCGAGUCUGGUAGUAUUAAAACUUCAGUUAUAUUUCAAUAAGCACUACGUACCCAGAGACGAAGUUAUUGCAAAGCAUAGAAAAUGUAUUUACACAAAGACUGCGCCACUUCUGAAGGAAAUCUGUAACACGACGUUACAGAAAAGUACUGAACAAGAUAUUGAAAAAUUGUACCAAAAAAUUGUUGUGUUUGUCAUCUUGUUGAGCGGACUUGGAAAUCCUUCGGUACCUGCUGUGCUGAGAGAGGCUAGCGUGGCUUUGCAGAGUGUUUAUCGACUUUCUGAAUUGAAACAUUUUGUUUCUCUGUCGUUGGAUGAAAAAGAAAGACAAUUGACGGAACUCAUGUGUAUCGUUGCUGGUAUUCGACUCUUCAACCGAGACUUACAGCGAGGGGGCGAAGGAAUUGAUGACUUGACCACUGUCCUUCAAGAGGCAGUAGCAAAGACUCAAUCAUCGACAAUGCACGUUUUGGAGACAAUCAUGAACAAAGUGUACAAUUUCACGACUGCCGUGGACCGAGUAAUAAUGUCAUCAUACAUCGGGGAGGAAGAAGUUUGUUCAGAUAACACAAAGCAUUGCACGGUCUCAGAAUUAAGUUCUCAGCAGGUCAAAUGGGCUGUCGAAAUGUUGGCGGCAGGACGUCAACAAGAAAUAUAUAUUCGAAAGAUCAUGGAUGAUAUAGAGCGAUGUGAAUGCAAUGUGAAAAGUUUGAUGGAAAAACUACAGGCUCGAUUACUCCAAUUGCAUGGUGCUGUUCAUUGCAGAACAGCAAUACCCACCAUAGAAAUAUAUCCCCAAUUCAUCGACUUAGCAAACACUUGGAUGCAACUGCAGGAUGAAGUUGUCAUUUUGAGCAACAUUAAUACAUUUUUAUGGGAAUUGCAAUCCAUGACUAUAGAGAGCGUGGACACUUACGACGAUGGGUUAUUACGUGUAUUGGUUGACGAUAAUCAAGUAUUAACAGAUGCCGAAAGACUCGAAGAACACAUGGGAAAAAUGAUAACCGAGGCAGGAGAAUGUCAAAUAUUUUACCCCAACAUCACUAAGGACUUUGAUCAAAUUCACCUCGAAUACCUGGGUUUCUGUGCAUGGAGUUUUACACAGGGUAAAGGUGCCUUGAUCCCAGGAAAUCCAAACAUCGGUGUCGUGAAGUGGAAUGGAAAGUAUUUUGCGUUCAGUUCUAGAGUGGCCGCUAGUAAGUUUGGAGAGUGUCCAGAAAGAUUCGUCCAUGAGGCUAUCGAGUUCGUUUACAAAAAUCCCGAGUACAUCAACUUGCUCCAAAUGUACGAUGAUGUCAAGCCUGUUAGAAGAGCCCGAACCAUAUCUGAUGCAGCUUCUGACCCAAAGGUGUUGCAAGAUCAAGAAGUGCAAACUGAUUUGCAUCCAUUGGAGUCAAAUAUCGUUGAACAUUAUACAUCAAGUACUUGGGAGUACAGGCGGAGAGCACUGCAUCUAGCAAGUAUUUGCCAAAGAGCAACGCACAGUACUCAAACUUACAAAUCGAAUUAUCGAAGUAACAUUUACACUCAUACGGCUCCACCAAAGAAUCGAGAGAUGCAAACAAUGCGAGAUAAUUUCGCUAAUACAAGUAAAUUGAAAAAUUUCAUAUUUGGAUUGCGUGGAAGAUGCGAUGACAAGCAACACGUUUUACACAUGGAAGAGUCACCGUGAAACAAGCAGUUCCCUCCCUUUUUUAGUUUGUCUAUUCGUAAGAGCAGUGUCAGAUAUUGUUCUUUCGAUUUGUUUAUGGAUUUUAUGUAAUGGAUGACUUUUCUUCUAAUGAUGACAAAAAUCGAAUCUUAUUCGAAGUCGUAGUGUAAAAAAAAAGUAACGCUUCUAACGCAGUGGUUAUAGAAGACAAAAGAAAGAAAAAAAGGGAGGAA